AUGCAUUUCGCGUGCGUUCGUGGUAUCAACGCUUCGUCAACCGACCGCUUGGAUUUGACUGUCGACCACAUUCCCCGGUUCUUUAAACUUCCAUCUUGUGGAGGGAAAUUCCCUCACGACUGUCCCCUCGUCGGAACUUGGCUCCACGUUGCGGAGCUCGUCCGGAGCCUAGUGCCUCACACUCGAAUCCAGACCCUCUACUUCCUUCCAGGCAGCCCGCUGGGUUAAUAGCCUCUCCUUUGAAAAUGGGACACCUGGAGCACACGAUGCAGCCCUUCCGCUUUAUGGACCUUCCUGCAGAGCUCCGAGACCAGAUUUAUACUCACCUCCUGAAUCCCGAAGACAACUGCACGAUUGGCGAGGACGGAAUCAUAGCGAAAUACAAUUACGACCUCCGCUUCUUUCGAACUUGUAAGCAGGUGUACGCAGAGGCAAAGCGCAUGCUCCAAGUUCUACCCUGGAACACCUUCGCACGCAUUGAGACGCCAUGGGAAGAGGCACAAGAACAUGUGAGGGUGGAGGGAAUGGUGCCUAUCCUGAUGACCGGGAAGGCCGCAGAGACGUUUAGCCAAGUGCAUGUGCGAAUCGUCAUCGAUGCCCCAUUCCACCAGCAGGACGAGAAUGAGAACAAGAAGUUUAUUGUCUUCGUCCAUGAUCUUGAUAGAUUCACCAAGAUGUGGAUGUACUCGGAUUUGUCCUACGCCGGCGACCUCAACCCGCAUCUUCGCUUGCGGCUGUACCUACGCAACCCCAGUGUGCCCGACGGCGACGACUACGUGAAAAUGACGAAGAAAUUGCAGAGGAAAAUCUUACUGCCAUUCGGCAACGUCAAGAAUUUAAGAGAUACCAAAGUGAUCAGCGAGGAUCCGGGCAUCACCGUAGACAAAGACAUCGAGGACGAGAUGCGAAAGCGCAUGUUGACACCUUACAAAUCGGCUGAACAAUGUUUGGGUGAGUCAAAGAAACUGAUGGAGGAGGGAGACAAAUUCUGUGAAGCAGUAGAAGGCGACUCCAAUGGCAAAGGCAAUGCCACUCCAGACUACCACGCUGCAAUUGAGAAGUACAUCGAAUCAUUUGCCGCUAUGCAUAUUGUUUGCAUCAAGCGCCGCAGGUCGAUCUGGGGUGACGCCUGGUUUGAUCGGUUCCUCACAUCCGGAGCUUUCAGGGGCAAGCACGGGCAAAUUGUGCGCUUGUGCCUGCGCGUCGAGCUCGUCUCCAAGAUCACCAAUGCAUACGUUCGUCUGGGUAUGGCGUCUGAUCAACCAAAAAGACUGGAGUAUCUAUCCGAGGCUCAUUUCUGGGGCAUGCGUACCAUCAACCUGCUUCGAGAGCACGUAAACCCACAUGAUGCUCCGCACGAUAACUUCCCGAAUGAUGCAAGGAGAGCCAUGGGGAUGACGUAUCUGAGGACAGGUAUGGCCGGCAUGGAAAUGGCGAAGUACGUUCCUCUGGCUCUGGACGACGCCAUGCGAGGCACUGGAGACCAGAGCAUGAGGCAUGCCUCGAAGAGAUUGCUCUUGGCCGCUCGCAGGUGGUGUCCGAAUGACGAUGAGGUAGAGAAAGUUCUCUGGAGCUAUGGUUUGUCCUAAAUACGUCUCUGUGUUUUGUACAUUCAGCUGCACAAAGAUUUGAGCGGUGAACAAUUCAGUGCUCAUUUUUUUUUUUUUU